UACCUGGAGGCUUAGGGAUUACGACGGAUGCUUAUAGGCCGAGUGGGAGACCUUUGAUAGGAGUGUCGGAUGCCGUUCUGGGGAAGGUGGAAAUGAUGAUUCACUUAUGAUCUCGUCGUUGAUGCGAGACAUUCACAAAUCAACAACGCUGGAGUUCUCUCUCCGGUCUCUGCAAGCCACGCCUCCAUGUCCCGCGCAAAGUCGCCAUACAUUCCAAGUCCCAAGUCCCAAGAGACAUUCACGUACCGCGACCAAACCAUAUGACCUGGUGACCAUGGCUUCCUCUAGCUCCGUUCCUCGUCUCCGCACUCUAACAGCUCCUUCGAACGGAGCCGGACCCAGAAUCACGAACGCACAUCUUCACUUGAUGCGUCUUCUCAGGAUAUCCACUCCGUUUCAGUUUUCAGUUGUCACCCAUGACGAAACCAUACGCUUAGCAAAUGCCCUUACUGGGUACUUCAGCAGGGGAGAUCAUAGUCUCAAUGAUGAUGCGGGGUGAGCUUGCGUAUGCGUAGUGUGCAGGACGCACCAAUUCAGAGUCCAUAAUUAGCUUUGGGGCGAUGACCGAGUCAGCGUGAAGACUGGAGACUGAAGAAUCGCAAGCUUCCCCGCCCCAACAGGCAACAACGCUCCCUACACGAAAAGCGCUGCAGUCCUGCAGGCGUGGCUGCACCGCAUCAG